AUGCAACUACACCUGGAAGCUGCAGUCAUACUUGGAUUUGUUAUUCCUCAGAUUUCCAGCCUCACCAUUUCAUCUACACCCUCUGACUGUUUGGCUACUGUGGAUACCUGCAUGUCAGAUUUAUGCAAGAUUGAAAAGGCAUUUUAUGGCGGGACCUGUGACGAUGAAAGGUGCCACAUAAAAGGCUCAGAGGUCUGUGACAUGACCAUCCGGACAAUAUUGGACCAAUUUCCCUCACUGCAAGGCUGUGUGUGUGCCUGGGAAGAGGAGCUUUGUGGCUCUAUACAAGUCCUGGCCACACAAUGCCACCGAAAGCCAGCAGCUCAACAGAAGAGGAGCACAGUGGUAGACUGGCAGUCGAGCAGUUUAAUAAACUAUGUGUAUGAUGGUACUGGAUCCUGCUUGGAGCAAAUACGAGUUUGUGUCAGUGAUGCAGUUUGCAACAGGUAUCUGGUACCUGUUCUCCAGGCAUGCAGGGCAGAGGGGUGCAACCGUGAAUACUGUCUGCAAGCAACUCAGCAAUUCUAUGGCAGCAUGCCACACAAUAUUGCAGAGAUGUUGUUCAUGUGUGACUGCAGGGCUGCAGAUCAAAGCUGCCUGCAUAUGAAAACUGCUCUGCAAAGUGGCACAUGUGGAGAGGAGACCUGGAUCUGCCAGGAAACAGUCAGCCUGUGUAUUAAAGACAGGCGCUGCAGAAACCUGUUAAAAACUUUCCAAGCUAAAUGCUGGAGCUCUGAGGAAGCACAAUGCAGCAGCUUUGACCUCCAAAAUGAAUGUUUCACGCAGAUGGAUCCAACUCUCAUCCUUGGUGGAGAUUCUGAAUGUAAAACAGCCUUCUUUGCCACUUCAGGCACAACACUCCACUAUCCUUGCACGUGCAAAGGAGUACACAAUGCUGCUCUUCUGACGUGCAACCUGAUUCAUGAUGCACUUCAUAAUAGAUCACACUUCAUGAGACCUUGGAAAAGUAAUGAUGGUCCUUCUAAACCUCCUGAAAUCAAUGAGUCAGAGAAAGGUCAAACACAGAUAACCGAUUAUCUGCUGUAUGGUUUUUCAACAGUGCUGCUUGUUGGAAUUGUUGUAUUAAUGCCUUUGGCUGUUAUCAGUACAAUAUGUUUUUGA